AGGCGGCGCGCCGCGCGCGGGGGGGGCCGGCCGCCAGGGCGGGGCGCCGCGCGCGGCGAUGGCGUCCGAGGACUGGUCGCAGCCCUGGGGCAGGCCUGGCGCCGGGGCGAUCGGCGCGGCGCCGGCGCAAACCGUGCGCCUCCCCACCGCACGGCCCAAGAGCGCGCCCUGGGGCUUUAGCGAGGACGGCGCGGCCACGCACGCGCCCCGCAUGGUGCCCCCGCAGCCCGGGCGCCAGUUCCGGCCGCCGCCAGGCUGGGCCCCGACCAACCCCACGGCGCCCGCCCUCGAGCACUGGCGAGUGGACAACCGGUGGUUGAACGCGCCCACCAAGGGGCUGGUCUACCGCCGGAGCCCGCGCGUUGAGGACCGGCAUCUCUUGGCGAGGCCUUCGGGUCCCGUUGACUCGAGGCCUGCAGGCCGACCCUUCUGCUCCUGGAGGUCUGCCGGCCCCGGGGUGCUCUUCCAACAGGUGCGCCUCGCCGCGAGCGUCACGGUGGGUGGGGGUAGUCGU